ACGUAGUGAUUAUUAUUAAUGCUAGCUACCGCCUCCCGGCUCAAUCUGUCACCGGCAGAGAUUGGAGGACAUCCGCUCUGAGUCCGCUCGCUGAUUAACAACUGUUGACAGGUGCUGACAUAUUGUCACAAGAAUAGGUUGCUUAAUGUUCCAUCCAUGGACUUAGCAUCUUCUCUUUGCAGUAUUAGCGGUGCAGGAGCGAUGCUGGGAGAUAUCACUCAAAAGCUUGCCGUAUUGUUACUGCCCUCCUUCCUGUGAUCCUAAUCUAUAUCUCAUCAAGCAUAGAAUCAGUCAAUUACUGCACUCCAUGAGCCAGGCAACAUACACUUUCACCAGCGGAAGCAUGGCUUCCCUGAUGACCGGUCUUGGUAUAUCAUCUAUAGUUUUCUUCAUUUUGACUGCGCAAGUCUGGAUCUACUUCCGACAACACCCAAUUCGGUCUCGAGAAAACAGACAGAGUAAAAUUCUCGUUGCCUUCAUCUGGUUAAUACAAGCUGCUCAGAUGGGAAUUACUUCUCGAAUCUCGUCCUUUCAUACGAUGGAGUUCGAGGACUUCCCCCGUUUCAUUGGCCAUUUUUCGAUAGAAUGGGCGCUGUAUUCUGGAAUACGCUCCUUGACUACUUCCCUUGUACAUGGCGUUUUCAUCUAUAGGGUUGUUAGACUUGAGAAGAGUCUAUGUGGUAAACGGAAAAUGUCAUGUGUUCUAAUUGCGUUGUGUGUCGCCGAGCAAGCCUUCGGUCUUCUCACUGCUAUCUGCAUCUUCAAACUAAGUAAUCAUACUUACUACACAGUGAUUCCUUGGUCUACCCUAGUUACGCUUGGUUGUUCAGCAAUCUGUGAUAUUCUUAUCGCUAGUACUUUGUCCUAUAUUCUCCACAGGAAUAGAACUACAUCGCCAAGAACUAACCAAGUGAUAACGAAACUCAUAAUCUUCUGCUUACAGACGGGCUUGAUUACAACCGUGGCGGCGUCCAUCGCCAUAGGAAUUUGGGUAGCUUGCCGCCUCGAAAUCAACCAUCUAUAUAUGUGUUUUCCGAUGGGAGGCUUAUAUGCUACAUGUCUUCUCGCCAACUUCAUUGCUCGGGAAUCCUACCUGCAGCCGCAGACAGACCACGAACCUGAGAUUUCCAAAAUCAGUUUUGCACGUUUCAAACAGGAGGUUCGUGUGGACUUGGAUUUACAUUCGUCGUCAGAUAUGACAUCUGGGCAUCAGAAGACAUUGGUAAUAGGAAGGGGAGGUUCCGACUCUAUUCUAUCGAAAGUGUCCUCAAAAUAAGUCAGGUUUUGAUUUGGUGUUACUUGCAUCUAUACAUAAUACACUAUAUAACAUCACGUCAAAGUGGUUAUAGCUCUUAAUCCUACAUUACUGAAAUAAAAAAGCCUCCCCCUUGUU